AUGGAGCCGGGCUGCGGUGGUGGUCCGGGCUUGCUCAUCGUCAAUAACAAACAACGGAGCGGAGGACUUGGACUCACCACGACGACGCCCCCGCCGCCGCCGGGAGGGAAAGGCCGGGAGCCUAAUCGUAACCAGCGGAAAGACUCGGAGGGCUAUUCAGAAUCACCAGACUUUGAGUUUGAAUAUGCAGAUGCCGACAAGUGGAUCGCUGAACUCUCAGAACUGUACAGUUAUACCGAAGGUCCGGAAUUCCAACUCAACAGAAAAUGCUUUGAGGAAGAUUUUAGGCUGCAUGUGCUGGAUAAAAAGUGGACAGAACUGGACACUAAGCAACAUCAUACUCAUGCCAUGAGACUUCUUGAUGGCCUUGAGGUCACAGCUCGGGAGAAAAGGCUCAGGGUAGCUCGAGCCAUUCUCUAUGUUGCACAAGGCACAUUUGAUGAGUGUAGUUCAGAAGCUGAGGUUCAGUUUUGGAUGCGAUACAACAUUUUUCUUCUGCUUGAAGUUGGAACAUUUAAUGCUUUGGUGGAGCUUUUGAACAUGGAAAUUGAUAACAGUGCUGCCUGUAGCAGUGCAGUGAGGAAACCUGCUAUCUCCCUGGCUGACAGCACAGAUUUGAGGGUGCUUCUGAACAUUAUGUACCUUAUUCUGGAGACUGUCCGUCAAGACUGUGAAGGAGAUAAGCCUGAGUGGAAGACAAUGAGACAGACCUUCAGGGCUGAGCUAGGGGCACCUCUAUAUAACAAUGAACCAUUUUCUGUGAUGCUCUUCGGCAUGGUCACCAAAUUCUGCAGUGGCCAUGCCCCACAUUUUCCUAUGAAGAAAGUGUUGCUGCUGCUCUGGAAGACUGUCCUGUGCACCCUUGGAGGAUUUGAAGAGCUUCAGGAUAUGAAAGCAGAGAAACGAGAGAUGCUGGGUCUUCCCCCACUUCCUGAGGAUAGCAUAAAAGUGAUCCGCAACAUGAGAGCUGCGUCACCUCCAGCAUCGGCUUCAGAUUUGAUUGAGCAGCAACAGAAACGGGGUCGUCGGGAACACAAGGCUCUUAUUAAACAGGAUAAUCUAGAUGCAUUCAAUGAGCGAGAUCCUUACAAAGCCGAUGAUUCCCGAGAAGAUGAGGAGGAGAAUGAUGAAGACAAUAGUCUUGAGGGGGAGACAUUUCCUCUUGAAAGAGAUGAAGUGAUGCCUCCUCCUGUGCAGCAUCCUCCAACUGACCGACUGACAUGUCCAAAAGGUUUGCCUUGGGCACCCAAAGUCAGGGAAAAAGAUAUUGAGAUGUUUCUGGAAUCUAGUCGAAGCAAAUUUAUUGGCUAUACCUUGGGAAGUGACACCAACACCGUAGUGGGAUUGCCAAGACCAAUUCAUGAGAGUAUCAAAACUCUAAAAUUGCACAAAUAUACAUCUAUUGCAGAAAUUCAAGUUCAAAUGGAAGAGGAGUAUCUGCGUUCUCCCUUGUCAGGGGGGGAAGAGGAGGUUGAGCAAGUUCCAGCUGAAAUCUUAUACCAGGGUCUUCUUCCUAGCCUGCCUCAGUACAUGAUUGCCUUGCUGAAGAUUCUGCUCGCUGCAGCACCCACCUCCAAAGCCAAGACUGAUUCCAUCAAUAUCCUUGCCGAUGUUUUACCAGAGGAGAUGCCAACAACUGUGUUACAGAGCAUGAAGCUGGGCGUUGACGUGAAUAGGCAUAAAGAGAUUAUUGUAAAAGCUAUUUCUGCUGUUCUGCUGCUGCUGCUCAAGCAUUUUAAACUGAAUCAUGUAUAUCAAUUUGAAUACAUGGCUCAACAUCUAGUGUUUGCCAAUUGCAUUCCGCUUAUAUUGAAAUUCUUCAAUCAGAACAUCAUGUCAUACAUCACAGCAAAGAAUAGCAUUUCUGUUUUGGAUUAUCCAUAUUGUGUGAUACAUGAACUACCAGAGCUGACUGCAGAAAGUUUGGAAGCUGGAGACAAUAAUCAGUUUUGCUGGAGGAACCUAUUUUCUUGCAUUAAUCUUCUUAGGAUACUGAAUAAGUUAACAAAGUGGAAACACUCUAGGACCAUGAUGUUGGUAGUUUUCAAGUCUGCUCCCAUUCUAAAAAGAGCCCUGAAAGUGAAGCAAGCCAUGAUGCAACUCUAUGUAUUGAAACUUCUCAAAGUGCAAACAAAGUACCUGGGACGUCAGUGGAGGAAAAGCAACAUGAAAACUAUGUCUGCAAUCUACCAAAAAGUGCGACAUCGGCUCAAUGAUGACUGGGCUUAUGGCAAUGAUCUGGAUGCACGUCCAUGGGACUUCCAAGCUGAAGAAUGUGCUCUACGGGCCAGUAUAGAACGCUUCAACUCUCGACGCUAUGACCGGGCACAUAACAACCCUGAUUUUCUACCUGUUGACAACUGUUUGCAAAGUGUGUUGGGUCAGCGGGUGGAACUGCCUGAAGAUUUCCAAAUGAAUUAUGACUUGUGGCUGGAAAGGGAAGUUUUUUCUAGACCGAUCUGCUGGGAGGAGUUGUUGCAAUGAUGAUUUAUAAAAGGAACAUCUUUCAAGACAUGGAAGCUAAUACAUGUGCCCAAAGAUAUAGUGUUCCUGAUCUACAGUCAACCAGGCCUAGAGGAGAUAAAAUUGUUUUGUGACUUAUAACCAGCAGUUUUUCCUUUUUCCUCCAGGUGGCAGCAUGUAACUGACAAUGGCUUUCCUACAUCUUUGGGGCUGCUUUGGUUAUUGAUUGCUAAAUAAGUGUAGAGUAGAGCUUGAGUGCUGGGCCUCUUGUGCUACAAUAUCGAUGCCGAUACUGUUGUUCACUAAACAUGGCCAACUAUUCUGUUCCAAAAUUAAAAUGGCAGCUUUUUUAAAGCUAUAUCUGCUAUCCUUGUCCCAGAAUGGAAAGGUGACGUCAUUUUCUUACUAGCUUCUAAGAGAAAAAAAAAUGACUUAGUUGUGCAGAUGGGAAGAAACUGGAAAUAAGACGUGUAUAUAGUAGUGCCACAGAAUCCUCAGCUUCUGGGACAAGGUUGAGCGUGUAAGUGCUAUAAUGUGUAAGCACCAUUCGGGCUUAUUUCAGUCUUGAAAGAAGAGAAAAAGCAACUAUGCUUAUCAUGGGUGUUUUCCCAACUUGUGCCUCCGAUUGAAUCAGACUUUAGAUGAGUCACAGUGUAAUUGCAAUUGAUAAAUAUUAUUGAAUAUUAAUACCGAUUUUGUUGCAUUUUGAGAGAAAACAUAUUGCUUUUAUGUUUUCUAAACAUCCUUUUUCCUGUUGUAAUUGUCUGAAAUCUGAAAGAUUUACAAAUGAGAUUUCAGCACAGGGGCAGAUGCCUGUGUAGCUUUCUCAAUUUGUCUUAGCGUGACAUAUUCAUUCUCAGUUUCCUCAAACCAGAGAGUUCUGUCCUCAUGGAUUCUGCACUUCAAUCUAAUUUUAGCAAAAAGCAGUAGGUGUGUUAUUUCCAUUGCUGUUUUCUAUGGUGCAGGUUCCGAGUCUCUGCUAGCUACAUUGGGAAUGAGAUGGAAGAAAAGGCAUCUACUCAAAGACGGUGAUAAAACACAUUUGUAAAUUGAGUGGAUGACACCUGUUUCCUAGGAGAUAAUAUUUCCUAUUUGCUGAUAGACUAAAUCUCUAUAGCUUCAAUUGAAUUGGGUUAUAUUUGUGAGUGUUUUGUUACAUUUGUGAACAGGAGCAAGCAAAAUGCUGCACUCUGUGUGGCAUGUCGGUUUUCUAGGUGGUUUUGUAACCUAGUAAUAAGCUUCAAUUGCAAUCCUAAAAUAAUUUAUUUGGAAAUAAGGCCCGACAAAAUUCAUAUGGCUUCCAAAUAAAUAUGUUUAGGACUGGAGCUGCAUUAAAAGGCUACUACAAAACCAGAAGUGCUUUCCAGUUAAUCUGACUUACUUAUUCCUCUAAAUUUUCCUGUAUGGUUAACUGAGUUAUGAUUGAAAUUUUAGAGUGUCUCUCAUAGAAAGAACAAUAGGAACCAACGUUUAUUUUAUCUAUUUAAAAGAGUAAAAAUUACGUUUAGCAAAUCUUUAAGACACUUCAAACAAAAUCAUGCAGGAAGCUAAUGUAAGGAUUGUGUUAGAACAAUAGUUACAAAUUUCUAACUUUUCAAUUAAAAAAGUAUCAUUUUGCUUACCUCAGCAUUGUGAAUAAUAUAAUGGUGAUACACAAUUAUAUGAAAAAGCAACAAACAUUAGAACAGCAAAAUACCUCUUACGAUCAGUGCUUUGCUUACAUUUGCUUAUUAAUACUUACUGGAUUUUUCUAUGCACUUCUACAGUAAAAGUAUGGGCUAGAGAAAGUGAGUAUAACUCUAAUAUAGGAAUAAAUUAUUGAAGGCAUUGUUGUUUCAAAUGUUAUGCCUUUUUGCUGCUGCACUGAAAUCAAUAGGAAAUCCUUCCAUAGCCAUCUGAUUGAAGAGAAUUAGUGUGAUGGUAACGUUUUCUUAUAGCUGCAUUUGCAAAGAGCUGCUACUCACAAGGUCACUCUCUCGUCUCUGGCAGUUCUGCAGUUGAGAUAGCAAUUAAAUGUAAUGAUAGAGCCAGACCUAAGAAAGCAAUGUCUCCUUCCUAUGUCACAUUAAGAAGGAUGGGCCUACCAUGUAGUCUGUUAGCAUAAAAUAGGAUAUCCUUCCCUGCUUAGUUGUAGAAAGCACUAAUUUGGUACCCCAUCUGAGAUGGGAUAAAAUUGAUAUACCCAUGUUUCUUGCAGGUUAGUAAUCCAGCUUCUACACAUUCUUGUUUCUCUGUCUCUGGGAUCAUAUUCCCCAUAUGUCUUUGUUUAUGCCUAAAAUCUUACAGCUGGGAGGUUAUUGCAUCUUGAUAGUUCACCUAAUUACAUUUUUUUACAGGUAGGUAGAGUUGGGGUAAGGGGAUCUUUAUUUUUCCAGUGUCGAAUGUAAAUAAAUGAAAGUUAAUGAAUUUUUUAAUAUGGGGUUUCAUUAUGCUUAUUUGCAAACAUUUUGCUACAGAAAGUUUGAGAAACGAACAAUUCUUGU